AGUCGACCGUGUGCCGCCUGCUGCUGAACUACGCUGUGCGCCUGGGGCGCCGGCCCACCUUUGUGGAGCUGGACGUGGGCCAGGGCUCCGUCUCCAUCCCCGGCACCAUGGGCGCUCUCUACAUCGAGCGGCCGGCCGACGUGGAGGAGGGCUUUUCCCUCCAGGCCCCUCUCGUCUACCACUUCGGCUCCACCACACCUGGCACCAACAUCAAGCUCUACAAUAAGAUCACAUCCCGCCUGGCCGACGUCUUCAACCAGCGCUGCGAAGUGAACCGCCGUGCCUCGGUGAGCGGCUGCGUCAUCAACACCUGCGGCUGGGUGAAGGGCUCGGGCUACCAGGCGCUAGUGCACGCCGCCUCGGCCUUCGAGGUGGACGUGGUGGUGGUGCUGGACCAGGAGCGGCUCUACAAUGAGCUGAAGAGGGACCUGCCCCACUUUGUGCGCACCGUCCUGCUCCCCAAGUCCGGCGGGGUGGUGGAGCGCUCCAAGGACUUCCGGCGGGAGUGCCGAGACGACCGCAUCCGGGAGUAUUUCUAUGGCUUCCGGGGCUGCUUCUACCCUCACGCCUUCGACGUCAAGUUCUCCGACGUCAAGAUCUACAAGGUGGGAGCUCCCACCAUCCCGGACUCCUGCCUGCCCCUGGGCAUGUCGCAGGAGGACAACCAGCUGAAGCUGGUGCCGGUGACGCCGGGGCGGGACAUGGUGCACCACCUCCUGAGCGAGAGCCCCGACGACAACAUCUCGGAGACCAGCGUGGCUGGUUUCAUCGUUGUUACUGGCGUCGACCUGGAGCGCCAGGUCUUCACCGUUCUCUCCCCUGCCCCUCGGCCCCUGCCCAAGAACUUCCUUCUCAUCAUGGACAUUCGCUUCAUGGACCUGAAGUAGAGGAGGUGGAAGGGGC